ACGUGUAUCGAACAUCCGGUCCAUGUAACUCCCUCUGAAAACGUAUAGAGAAUCCAUCUGAAACAAUCUGAACACAAAAAUGGUGGAUACAGAAAAUGAUAGUCAAGAGCGGAAAGAACUAAAUGUUACAGAAAACAUGGAUGGUAAUCAACAAAACGGAGAACUAGUUCCUACGGAAAACAAUGAGGAAAGAGAUGUGAAUGCAGAAGUUGAUGAACAGAGGAAAAAAUAUCAGCCUUCACAACUGGAGUCAUUCUUUGCAAUUACAAAAUCUCUGAUCAUCCGUGCUCUUAUUAUUUAUUUUAUCAGCUUCCUCUUCAAACGUCCUCAGCCUAGUGCAGCUAUAAAUAUAUUUGAAAAUGGAACAUCGUUCGAUUUGCACGUUUAUUUAUCAGAAUCUGAAAAUUUUGAGCAGUUCGAUGAUCCAAGGAAAUUAAUAUGGAUGGAGCAAGGACUAAUAUACGGGGAUUGGUAUAGUGGGCCUACUAAAGAUGGUCAGAGAGUUACAGAAUAUAAAUUUACGCCGUCGGAUCAACUAAAGAAUAAUGGAUCUAUAUAUCUUCAUGUAUAUGUUACGAAAAGUGGAAAGUCCCCUAAUCCAAAAGCAGGAAAAAACAUCUAUGCUGGAGAUUAUAUGUCAUAUUCUAAAAAAAUGUUAAAUAAAUAUAAAAAGAUCAGGUAUCAGAAGAAACAUAAUUUGUUGACUGGUGCCAAUAUAGAAGAGAGUGAGAAAGAUGAAUUAAUAAAUCAGGAGAGUGUGUCUCAUUGGCACCCCAAUUUAACCAUUAAUUUGGUAACUGAUCAAACUAAUUGGGCAUAUGGUCAAGUUCCACCAAUAUUAGAUACAUAUAUCCACUUUUUACCUGGAGGUAUGCUUUAUAAACCUGUAAUAUAUAUGAAUGACUUUUGGAAUAUGCAAAGAGAUUAUCAGCCCUUGAAUGAUACUGUGAAAGAACUGGAACUGCGAUUAACUUAUCAGCCUCUAUCAUUAUUCAGAUGGCAAAUUUAUGCAGCUCAAACAUCUAAAAAUAAGUGGACAAAUCCAUUCUCAGGAGAUUCGACAGAUGAAAAUGACAGCGAUCAAGAUACUUUGAAAGAGACAUUGUUAGAAACGAAUCCGUACUUGCUGGGCUUGACUCUAAUUGUAACAGUAUUACAUAGUGUAUUUGAAUUUUUAGCAUUUAAGAAUGAUAUUCAAUUCUGGAACAAUCGCAACUCUUUGGAAGGUCUAUCGGUUCGAUCUGUAUUCUUUAAUGUUUUCCAAUCGUUAGUUGUAUUAUUAUAUGUUCUUGAUACCGAGACGAAUACAGUUGUUCGGAUUAGUUGUGCAAUAGGUUUAUGUAUAGAAGUAUGGAAAAUUAAUAAGGUAAUAGAUAUUAGCAUAAAUAGGACCUCGAAAUUUCUUGGUGUCUUUCCAAAACUUAGUUUCCAUGAUAAAGGAUCGUACAUAGAAUCUUCCACGAAAGAAUACGACAGACUUGCUUUUAGAUAUUUAUCAUGGGCUUUAUAUCCUCUUGUAGGAGGAUAUGCGAUUUACUCGUUAAUGUAUUUAGAACAUAAAGGAUGGUAUUCUUGGGUUCUCAGUAUGCUGUAUGGAUUUUUAUUAACGUUUGGAUUUAUCAUGAUGACACCACAAUUAUUUAUUAAUUAUAAAUUAAAAACCGUAGCACAUCUUCCAUGGCGUAUGUUGACCUACAAAUUUUUAAAUACAUUUACCGAUGAUAUUUUUGCAUUCGUUAUAAAGAUGCCAACAUUAUAUAGAAUUGGCUGUUUCCGCGACGAUAUAGUUUUCUUCAUAUUUUUAUACCAAAGAUGGAUAUACAAAACUGAUCUUUCAAGGGUAAAUGAAUUUGGAUUUUCCGGGGAGAUGGAAGAUAAAAUAUCUAACGAUAAAAAAGUAAAAGCUAUUAAAGAUAAUCCGAAAAACGAAAUAGCUAAAAAGAACGAGUAACAUAUGGUGCAUAAUGUUAACGUUGAGUAUAUUAUUCGAACUUUAUCUGAAUUUAAUGAACUUAUUAGUACCAAAGGAUACAUCUACACGCAUUUCCGUGUAUCUUUGUGAAUUUGAUAUAACUGCGUGUGUAUGUACAUAUUCUUUUGGUUUUGAAAUUUAGUCAAAUAAACAAAGCCUUGCGAAAAUAUUGGCAUUCUUACGAUUAAGAAUGUUAAUACACGUUGCACUAGGCGAAAUACUAUCAGGCUAAGUUUAGUACGGCCCAUAAAGAAUUUUGUAUGCUCCUUUAAGAAAUUGUUAUCACCAGAAUUUGUGGUUAAUUUUUCAUUUUCCAUGCUUUGUAGUUUGUUGUCGUCUUGUACGAUAUUGGACAGAUAUAAUGUUCAUUUUAAUAUUUAAGAAAUAUUUCAGGAUGUUAUUCCGUAUUCAUACGAAGAAAAAAUGAAAAUCGUCCGAAUUACAUAUGGGUAUAUGUACAGAUGUUUGGUUGAAUAUUUUAAACAGUAAAUCAUAUAUGUAUUUUGCAGGCAUAGUCAAAGAUCGAAGUAUUUCUAUAGCGAGAACGUGGAAAUAAAAUGAGCUAUAUUUUUAAUAUUGAUAUCGUAUAUAAAUAUAUAAUUCAUAAUGAUUCAAUUUAUUACAUAAAAUAUUAUUACUGCUUAAUAUUAUAAUUAGUAACUUUUGAAACUUAGUUUUUGAUAAAUAAUCUUUGUGCAUUCCACUAAUAAAUUAUGAACGUUGUUAAUGCAAUGGCAAUAUAUUUAGAAACUAAUGUUACUAAUACAUAGAUGUUGAAUGUACUGAAUUUCUGUCCCAUCAGGUGGUACAUGGUUCCAUUCCUUUAUGAGUAAUGUAGACUUUUAAUUACAAUUCGAGUAAUUAAAUAUAAUCACUAAUAUAAAUGAUGUAUCUUUUUUAUUUCCACGUUUUACUAUAAAAAUACUUCUGUUCCUCAUUAAAUAUGUAUUCAUAGUAAAAUUGGAACAAUGUGAUUUUUUGCGGUAAAUAUUGUUAUAUACAAAACUACUGCAAAAUAUUAUUGAAGAGAACGAUAUGUAAAUUUUAGAUGAACAGAGGCUUGCGUAAUGCAAAUACCAAAAGUUAAAUUAUGAUCGCUCUUAGACACAAUUAUAAUUAUUGUUUUUAAUAAAUCAAUGUCUUCAACAAAUGUUUAAUAAUUUUGUCAUGUAUACUUAUGAAUUACUUUUAAGUUUUACCUUAUGUAAUUUAUACCCUUUGAAUACAAUAGAACGUCGAUUACUCGAGUUAAUUGGGAAAUGAACUCGUUCUGAUACGUGAUUUCUUGGAUAAUUGAUCCGAAGAAAUCAAAUUUGUGAACGUGUUAUAAAUUAAAUGGAAAUUAAACAGUUUUCAAAUGUACUUUCACUUUUUAUUAUAUGGCCGAUACUAUUUCAUUUAUUGUCCAAUUUCAGUAGUACUGUUCUCCUUCUAACACUCAUGGUAUAUACGAGAAUCGUGAGAUGAAUUAUAUGAAUGAAAAUGCUGUCCGCAAAUUCUGUUAUUUUCAAAAUAAAUUUGCUCAAUAUAUAAAUAUAUAAAUACUUUGUAUUUGAAUAAUAUCGAUAUAAUGGUGGUACAGACGUUUCGUUUACUAAAAAGUAAAUGAUUAUAAUAAAAUGGAUUACUGAUAUUUAUUAAGAUUAGAUUACAUAAUGUUAAAAAAUAAAGAUUAAAGUCUUUAUUACUAUGUUUCAUUUGUAUGAACAAUAAUACUUCGUAAAUGUAGGCAAAAAAGUUACAUUCUUGUUCGCUUUAACGUAAGAUGUUCUUUAAUACGUUUCCCCUCUCAUUGAUUGCUGUUAUAAAAUUUCACAAAUUUAAUAUUGUACCGUUAUUGCAGAAUUCAUAUUGUUUUGAA